ACUUUGCCUUCUGCUACAGGCAGGUGGACAGACUGUCAGAUGGAGCAGGGUGCCACAAUCAGACACACGCGUCCAUAUUUAAUUGCUCUUUUAUUUUGGAACCAUUUCUCUCAUUGAACUUUGAUGUUGGAUUUCAUCUGUUGUUUUCCUUAAUUAUCUACUGAUUGUAAUUAGCAGUGAGACUUUUAGUCAGACAUGGAGGACCCAGACAUACGACAACAGAAGCUGGACAACCAGCGAACCCUUUUGAUGAAAAAGCAGCAAAAGAAAAGGGCUGAUUCCCAAAUGGUGGUAGCCAAUCGAGAUGCUCGCCAAAAGAACCGAAAGCACAAAGCUGCCCGCUCUGAUGAAACACCUCUGUUGAUCAGCCAAUCCCUGAGCAACACUUCCUUGAGUGAUCAAGUUGAACAUGCCCAUGAUAACCCAUUGGAUGAGAUCACAUUAGGUGAAUGUGACAUGACAGCAAGAAUGAUGUUAGAUGAGAUGUCUUUAGAGAAUCCUGUUACUCCCAAGAAAAUGAACUUGGAGAUUGACAAAGAGUCUGAGGUGAAGUGUGAAGUGGAGAAUAAUGUUCAGAUGGAAGGAAAAAAGACAAAGAAGAAUGAAGUGAAAAAAGAAAAAGCCAAAGAUAUGGAACAGAACAAUGAAAAGGAGAAAGAGAAGGAGAAAAAGGAGAAAAAAACUAAAAAAGACAAAGUGAAAGAAUCUGAAGACCCACAGAAGACAAACAAGACAACCAAACAAGAGCGUAAAAAGAAACACUUGCAGGAGGCUUCAACUCAAGAGACAGAGUUAGCGGUGGAGAUGGAAAGUCCAAAGAAGAAUAAAUGUGAUGAAAGUGACAAUGAAGAGGAAGAUAUGUCCCAGAGGCCUGUCCCUCAGACGCCUAUGAAGAAAAAACUCAACACAACCAGGUGCCAAAUAAGUGACAAGAACAAAGAGGGAGAAAUCCAGGAAAAGGAGAAAAAGGAAAAAAAGACAAAGAAAGCAGAGAAAACUCCACCGAGUCUCGCUUCCCUUAACUCCAACUACAGGGAGGAUUCAUCCUCAGGCAGUGAAUCAAAUGAAAGAGCAACAUCUCCAAUUUCAGUGGAGGAUCUUGAAAAGUUUGCUUUGCGUCCAGCCCCCAGAGAUGUGACGAUCCAGUGUAGGGUCACCAGGGACAGGAGAGGCAUGGAGAAGGGCAUGUACCCAACUUACUACCUCCACAUGGAGAAGGAGGAUGGCAAAAGGGUGUUUCUAAUGGCAGGCAGAAAAAGGAAAAAGUGCAAAACAUCCAACUAUCUCAUCUCCACUGACCCGACAAAUCUGUCCAGAGAUACAAACUGCUACAUAGGAAAACUAAGGUCCAAUGUUCUGGGUACAAAGUUCACAGUCUACGAUGGAGGUGAAAACCCAGAGAAGAAGCCCUUUGUCAAAGAGUGUGAAUCAGUGCGGCAAGAGCUGGCAGCAAUUUGCUACGAGACAAAUGUUUUAGGAUUUAGGGGUCCCAGGAAAAUGACUGUGAUCAUCCCUGGCAUGUUGGAGACCGAUGAAAGAGUGCCCGUUCAUCCAAAAAAUGAACUUGAGACUCUACUGGUCCGCCAUGUGAAUAGCAACACAGAAAACCUGGUCACACUGGUGAAUAAAUCCCCGAGCUGGAACGAGCAGACUCAGUCAUAUGUGCUUAACUUCCACGGCCGGGUCACCCAGGCCUCGGUCAAGAACUUCCAGAUCAUCCACCCGGACAACGAUGAUUACAUUGUGAUGCAGUUUGGCCGUGUAGCGGAGGAUGUCUUCUCCAUGGAUUACAGUUUCCCCGUGUGUGCCCUGCAGGCCUUUGCCAUCACCCUGUCGUCCUUUGAUGGUAAACUGGCAUGUGAGUGACUCAUGCUGGUGUGCCUCAUGUACUCAACUGGAUCCCUGAUAUAGAUAGAAACUUACAGUUUAAGUUAAAACUAUACUGAUAAUUUUGCACAGUCAUUUUUCAUGUUUUGUAUCCUGGUGCAUUGUAACACUUUGUAUACACUAAAUAUGGAAUAACAUGCCACAGACUUUUAGACUUUAGAGGAGACUUGUUUUAUAGGUCCAGUAUUAUUUUACAGCAGAUUUUAUAUUGAAGUGGAAUAAGUCAAUUAUGUUCAUUUAACAAUCUUUCUUUAUACAUUUGCCAGCUGUGUAAAGGACUCGUGCAAUUAAAAUAUUGAGGACAACUGUGUAAAGAAUACUAAGGAAAUAUUAAAUGAUAAUGAUACAAGGUU